CUGUGUACGCUACGCUGAGGGUGGCUCUUGAGCAAUUCUGCAACGACUUUUUUCUACAUUUAAUCAACUGCACAUACACAAUUUUGCGCUAUUUACGUAUAAUGCAAAAUGCUGCGUUUUGAGAUGUAAGUCAAAAGCGUUACGGAAAACGCAACGCAAGGGAAGAUACGUAGGAAGCUUAAAGAGAGUUUGUUAACGUGAGACGUGGGUCUGAUGCCUUACGUAACUAAUGUUGUGGAAUAAAGCGUUGAGCUGAGACGUGGAUUGGAAGGCCGGGUGAAGUGAUACAGAGAAGAGGAGAGACACGGUAACUUACUGUAUCGGAAUCGUCUGUGUUACAUUGAAGCACUGUUUACAGCUCCCCUGACUCCCAGGGUCCUUCUUUCAGUAAGAUCAUGUUAUACAGUUUUGCUCUGAGUUGCAAGUUGAAGGCAGCCGUGGGGAGCUUGCAGUCAAGAUUCUGUCCACGUUUCACCAGAGCUGCAUCGCAAACUAAAUAUUUACCUGUGAUCUGUUCAUCAUUCAAAAGCACUGCUGUACGACACUGGAGUAACAUUCCUUUUAUUACAGUCCCCCUCAGUCGGACCCAUGGUAAGUCGUUUGUUCACCGCAGUGAGUUAAAACAUGCCAAGAGGAUUGUGGUGAAGCUUGGUAGUGCUGUGGUGACCCGCGGAGAUGAGUGUGGGCUUGCACUUGGACGGCUGGCAUCCAUUGUUGAGCAGGUGUCUGUUCUACAGAACCAGGGAAGAGAGAUGAUGAUAGUCACAAGUGGUGCUGUUGCUUUUGGUAAACAGCGUUUGAGACAUGAAAUCCUGCUUUCACAAAGUGUGAGACAGGCCCUACAUUCUGGGCAAAACCAGCUUAAAGAAAUGUCGGUCCCUGUGCUAGAGGCCCGUGCCUGUGCUGCAGCAGGACAGAGUGGACUGAUGGCCCUCUAUGAAGCAAUGUUCACACAGUACAGUAUAUGUGCAGCACAGAUUCUUGUUACAAACCUGGAUUUCCACGAUGAUCAGAAGCGGAGGAACUUGAAUAGUACUCUCCAUGAGCUCCUGCGAAUGAACAUUGUCCCAAUCGUUAACACAAACGAUGCAGUUGUUCCCCCACCAGAACCUAAUAGUGAUCUCCAGGGGGUAAAUGUGAUCAGCAUUAAGGAUAAUGACAGUUUGGCUGCACGUUUAGCUGUGGAGAUGAAAGCAGACCUUCUCAUUGCGUUAUCGGAUGUUGAAGGUCUCUAUGACCUCCCACCGGGAUCAGACGACGCUAAACUUAUCGAUAUUUUUUACCCGGGUGACCAGCAGUCAAUAACUUUUGGGACAAAGUCCAGAGUUGGGAUUGGAGGAAUGGAAGCUAAGGUGAAGUCUGCAUUGUGGGCUCUGCAGGGAGGCACUUCUGUCGUUAUUGCCAAUGGAACCGAUCCUAAAGUAACUGGACAUGUCAUCACCGACAUUGUGGAGGGAAAGAAAGUGGGAACCUUCUUCUCAGAGGUCAAACCUGCCGGACCCACUGUGGAGCAGCAAGCUGAAAUGGCUCGCAGCGGAGGAAGGACUCUGUCUUCUUUGCUGCCACAGCAGAGAGCUGAGAUUAUCUGUCGCCUGGCUGAUCUUUUGACUGAACAGAAGGAGGAUAUUCUUGCAGCUAACAAGAAAGACCUGGAGGUUGCUAUCAGUGGAGGUCGGUUGUCUCAACCCUUGCUGAAACGAUUAAGUCUCUCUCCUUCAAAGUUAAACAGCUUGUCCAUUGGGCUGCGUCAGAUUGCAGUGUCCUCUCAGGAUAGCGUGGGGAGAGUGAUACGCCGCACACAUAUUGCUAAUAAUCUGGAGCUGGAACAGAUCACGGUCCCCAUCGGGGUUCUGCUGGUGAUCUUCGAGUCCCGUCCAGACUGCCUCCCUCAGGUCUCAGCAUUGGCUAUUGCCAGUGGAAAUGCCUUACUGCUCAAAGGAGGAAAAGAAGCAUCAAACACCAACCAGAUUUUGCACCGACUGACACAGGAAGCCCUUUCUAUCCAUGGAGUCAAGGAUGCUGUACAGCUAGUGAGCACCCGUGAAGAGGUGGAAGAUCUUUGCCGCUUGAAUCAGCUGAUUGAUUUAAUAAUCCCAAGGGGUUCCUCCCAUCUUGUGAGAGACAUCCAGAGAGCAGCAAAGGGAAUCCCGGUCCUGGGGCACAGUGAGGGAGUCUGCCACGUGUACAUCGACCAAGAAGCCAGCAUUGAAAAAGUGAUCAAGAUCAUAAGGGAUUCCAAGUGCGAGUACCCAGCUGCCUGCAAUGCUAUGGAAACACUGCUGGUGCACAGAGAUCUGCUGAGAAGCCCUCUUUUUGACCAGAUAAUUGACAUGCUCAGAGUGGAACAGGUGAAAAUCCACGCUGGACCCAAGUUUGCUUCGUACUUGACAUUUAGUCCCUCUGAAGUGAAGUCCUUGCGCACGGAGUACGGUGACCUGGAGUGUUGCAUUGAAGUAGUGGACAGCAUGCAGGACGCUAUCGAUCACAUUCACAAGUACGGCAGCUCGCACACAGACGUCAUUGUUACAGAGAAUGAGGAGACAGCCGAGUAUUUUCUCCAGCAUCUGGACAGCGCCUGUGUUUUCUGGAACUCAAGCUCACGUUUCUCGGACGGAUAUCGUUUUGGCUUAGGAGCGGAGGUGGGCAUCAGUACAGCUCGGAUCCAUGCACGUGGACCAGUGGGACUCGAGGGGCUUCUAACCACGAAGUGGGUUCUGCGUGGGGAUGGACACAUCGUUGCUGAUUUUUCAGAACAAGGAAGCAUGAAAUACCUUCACGAGAACAUCGCUGUGACACACAGAACAUCCUCUUAAAUAUUUCAAAGAACUGAAAAGGAAUACAGAAAAGUACAGCAGAGUUGGUGUUUACAGUGUUGAUGUGCAGUCUUACAUACUGGCCAUGAGUCUUGAUGGAAAUCGAAAAGAACAAGUUCUUACGUAGGUAUUGCUUGGAUUAUUAAGGCAUUCAGUUACAUAUGUGUUGCCCUUGUAGCGCCUACACAAAAUACAAUCAAAAAGCCAAAGUUAUAUGUAUCCUCAUUCUUUAUUUAAUGUAAUAAAAGUACAUUUAAUAAGUAUUGUUCUAUUUUUGAAUUGUGGGGGAAAAAAAAGAAAAGAUUUUGCAAGUUAGAGCAAUUCUUUGUUAGUACAUAUGCUUUUAAAAAGGGUAUUGUAACAUGCCAACUUUGUCAUUUUGUAUGUAAAACAUCCUGAGAAAGAAAUAUUGUUUUUGUAGGAGAUUGUUUCAGAAUAAAGUUUUGCUGAACUUUGGUGAA